CUCUCAGGGCUCUGCUGACUUGUAGAUAACAGGAUUGUUCUGGUGGUUCUCCUCUAUAACGGUCAAAAUGGUGAUCAAAGUCUUUGUAGCCACAUCCUCUGGGUCUACAGCGAUUAAGAAGAAACAGCAAGAAGUAGUGGGCUUCUUAGAGGCCAACAAGAUUGACUUUAAGCAAAUGGACAUAGCUGGUGAUGAAGACAACAGGAAAUGGAUGAGAGAGAACGUCCCAGGUGAAAAGAAGCCACAAAAUGGAAUCCCCCUCCCUCCACAGAUCUUCAAUGAGGAGCAGUACUGUGGGGACUUCGAAUCCUUCUUCUCUGCCAAGGAAGAAAACAUUAUUUAUUCAUUCCUGGGUCUGGCACCUCCUCCAGGUACAAAGGAGGCAAAAACUGCUGAAGAGACAUCAAACCUUCCAAACGGUGAAGUUUCGGGUGAAGAGCACAAAGUUGUGGAAGAGACUGAAAAGUCUGAAGUAACUGAAGAAAAUGAGGCACACACAGAGGACAAUGUAGAUGCAGUCGCUAAUUCUAUUGAACUGCCAUCAGAAGAGCAACAGAUGGAGUUGAAGAGAUUCAAAAUGAUUUUGUUUUUAAUUGUAGUAUUGGCCCCUGCUUGUUUGUAUUUAUUCAAGCCAAAUUUGAUUGCAAUCGUUAUAUUCUGGCAAAAGAAGGAAGAGGCCACAUCACUGACUUUUAUAGCAGAGAGCAGAAACUUUUUGCAGUUGCCAGCUAUAGACUGCAGUAGGACUCCUCCAUUCCUGGUACUCCUUGUGACAUCAUCACAUGGCCAAAAUAAAGCUAGGAUGGCUAUCCGUCAAACAUGGGGGAAACACAGACUAGUUGCUGGCAACCGCAUUGUGACAUAUUUUCUUCUGGGAACCACCAUGAACCAAAAUGAUCAAACUGGUAUUAUUGCUGAAAGUCAGAAUUACAGAGACAUUAUCCAGAAAGAUUUUAUAGACACAUAUUACAAUUUGACUUUAAAGACAAUGAUGGGAAUUGAAUGGGUUCACAAAUUUUGUCAUCAAUCCAGGUUUGUGAUGAAAACUGACUCAGAUAUGUUUGUCAAUAUCUUUUACCUGACUGAACUUCUUUUAAGAAAAAACAGAAGCACUGGGUUCUUCACAGGCUUUUUAAAGACGAAUGAGCUCCCAAUAAGAAAUAUAAAUAGUAAAUGGUAUGUGAGUAAAGAUGAAUAUCCAAGAAGCACGUAUCCUCCAUUUUGUUCGGGGACUGGUUAUGUUUUCUCCACUGAUGUUGCUAGUCAGGUUUAUAAUAUUUCAGAAAGUGUCCCUUUUAUUAAACUGGAGGAUGUUUUCAUAGGACUGUGUCUUGCUAAACUAAAAAUCAAUCUGGAGGAACUUCAUUCAGAACAGACAUUCUUCUCAGACAGGGUUGAGUUCUCUCUUUGUCACUUCAAGAAAAUUGUGACAUGCCAUUAUGUGAAACCUUAUGAGCUGCUGAUCUACUGGAAUGCACUGGAGAGCUCAAUGGAUGAAAAAUGCCCAGAUAUUUGAAAUAGCUGAGCUAACAAAGUGACACAAAAAAGCUACAGGACCAGCCUUUAGUAGGGUUAUCACCUGGGCAGUAUUUGACUAGCCUGGCCAUUUUUUUAUGGACUUGCCAGUUGCCAGAAAAAUAAUUUAAUCUGCCUUUUUUUUACAUGUAUCUAAAGAUUUGCAUUAUUAUUACCACAUGACACUGGGAUAUUUAAUGUUAAAAGUUUCUGUGUCCAGCUAAAGAUGCUGCAGUGUUCCCACUUCUGCAGCUUAAGUAAGAAAAUGAUGUUAUCAAUCUUAUCUAUAUGUGCUCUCUCACUAGAUACUGUAAGUGGCUACUGGGGGCAGGAUUUGCAGUAGGGGUGGGAGUGGUGCCGUUUUUUUUUGCAUUUCAAAGGUGGUAACCCUAACCCAGGGACAGGCAACCUAUGGCACGCGUGCCAAAGGUGGCACGCGAGCUGAUUUUCAGUGGCACUCACACUGCCCAGGUCCUGGCCACCGGUCCGGGGGCUCCUGUAUUUUAAUUUAAUUUUAAAUGAAGCUUCUUAAACGUUUUAAAAACCUUAUUUACUUUACAUACAACAAUAGUUUAGUUAUAUAUUAAAGACUAGAAAGAGACCUUCUAAAAACGUUAAAAUCUAUUAGUGGCACGUGAAACCUUAAAUUAGAGUGAACAAAUGAAGACUCGGCACAUCACUUCUGAAAGGUUGCCGACCCCUGCCCUAGCCUUUAGUCAGGCAAAACUCGGGGCUGUGGACUAGUACAGUCAAAGAGACACUGAUAAAUAUUUUAAUCUCUUGCCCCUCUGCAAAUUUGCUGUUAUUUGCUGUUAUUUAUUUGCAAACACUGGAUUUUCUUGCAGAGCACAAGCCAACAAAACUGCUUUGUCUCAGUAACAACACUUACAGUAACGUCAGCAGAAGGCAGGGAAUGCUUACAUAUCAUUUGGUUCUCUCUAUCAUUUUCUCUGUUUCCCUAACAUUAAAAGUUUACAGUCCAAAGUCCAUUCCCUGACACAUUAUAACAAGGUUAGGCCACUUUCCUGUAAUGAGCUCUGUGUGAGCAGAGACAUGCAUCUGCAUGAAAACCUUUACACUGCUGAAGUUGAUGGGGCUUUGUACAGGUGUGCAGAUCUACCUAUUCUAGUGGGUCUCAAACUUUUUUACUGGCGACCCCUUUCACAUCGCAAGCCUCUGAGUGCAACCCCCCUAAUAAAUUAAACACACUUAUAAAUAUCUAACACCAUUAUAAAUGCUAGUGGCAAGCAGGGUUUGGGGUGGAGGUUGACAGCUCGCGACCCCCCGCAUGUAAUGACCUCACAACCACCUGAGUGGUCCCAACCCCCAGUUUGAGAACCCCUGACCUAUUCAGAGCCUGUUGCAGGAGCAGGGUCUUAAGUACCUUAGGUUAACUUCUGAGCCUUUAAGAUCACUGCAUUAGUUUUCUAUUAUACAUUUCACAUUUAAAAUCAUGCAUACAGGGCUUAAUUGAGAGCCCAAUGGAAAGAAAAAGUCAACAGUGCUGACAGAAUAUUGUAGUUGGUAACUAAAUAAUGUAUUUCAACAUGCUAUAUUCCCCCUUCAAUACAAGGUGUAUUUUUGAAUUCAGAGGAAUUAGUAAAUACUGCAAAAUUCUAAACUCAAACAUCACAUUUCCCUUUAUGCUGAGAUUGUCAAAGGGGCUGAAGAGAAUGAGGUGCCGUCAUCAUGUUACUGGAACUUGGGUACUGACUCCAUCAGUCUCUUUUAAAAACCCCAGCCUCAAUUGUUAUAAUUAUACUCAGGCCAUAUAUUUAAAAGUGGAAUGAAAAAAGGGCUAUUUGUAUAUAGUGUAUUUGAUGUAACAAAAUGUGGUUGUUUUAAAUAUGUCUAUUCUCCCCUUGAAUUUGCACAUGCAACUUUUUUAAGGCUGAUAUAAAAAGUAGGACAGUCUUUACAUUAUUUGCAUAGAACAUAUAAAUAUCAAACUAACAAAACUUAAUGUAUGAUACUAUCUUAAUAAAAGAUUAUUACAGCUU